AUGGCGAAUCCUCGCCCCGUAAUCCACAUUGAUAGGGAGGAGAUUUACACGAAUCUGGAGGCACGAAUGCAUUAUCUUCAAAGCUUUCUUGAUUUCACGAGCCGGGAUGUCAACGCUCUCGUGACUGAUGCCAAAUACGUGAAAGCUCUCAUCCCAGCAGUCGUCAACAUCGUUUACAAAAAGUUGCUUCAAUACGAUAUCACGGCUCGCGCGUUUCAAACUCGGAGUACCAGCUUCAAAGGUCCUCUAGAUGAUACCCCUACCGAGGAAAGUCCGCAGAUUCUGCAUCGGAAGAUGUUUCUACGGGGCUAUUUGAACAAGCUCUGCUCAGACCCUACCAAGAUGGAAUUCUGGGAGUAUCUGGACAAAGUUGGUAUGAUGCAUGUGGGCCUCGGACGGACUCACCCCUUGCAUAUUGAAUACAUCCAUCUGGGGGCAUGUCUGUCAUUCAUCCAAGACAUCAUGACAGAAGCAAUUCUCUCUCAUCCUAAACUGCCGCUUCCCCGAAAAAUAGCGCUGGUCAAGGCGCUCGGGAAGAUCAUCUGGAUUCAGAAUGAUCUCAUGGCCAAGUGGCAUAUUCGAGAAGGUGUUGACGAGUUUGCGGUUGAUGAUGAUGAUAUUGAGGUCGAGGAGGAAGGUUAUCUUCAUGGCAAGAAGAUUGUGAGUGGGAGUGAUGAGGAGGAGGCGGAUCCGGGGACCCCGACUCGUACUGCCUGCGUGGAGACUUGUCCGUUUAGUGGGAUGGGGAAAGGGAUGGAGGAUAUGAAGAUUGAGGAACAUGAUUUUGCGAAGAAGACUUGA